GUUUGUCAAUGGAGGAGAAGAUAGGAAUAGAGCAAGAGAGGGUCACGCAUUGACUUCCUCUUACACCUCCGAAUUACUGCCUCCAAUUCUUCCCCACAAGAGGAUUUUUGGGGUUUGAAAAUGGUUUGAGGGAAGAGAUUUUUUGAACUGUUGACUGAGAAAAGGGGGGUUGCUGUAUUAUUUCAAUUUUUUUUUUCUUUAGUGAUUAAGGCAAAGUAAGCAGGGAAAGAACCGAGUUGUUUCGCUGAAGCUUUUCAUCAAACAGAUGGUGAUCGACAAGAACACGUCUGUUGUUGCUUCGCCGAUCCACUAGAAUGCCCAGUUCGCAGAAAACCUCCCCUCCCGCUCUUUCUUCUUCUUCUUCUUCUUCUUCGCCGACGCCGUCUCACCCACUUCACGACGGCGGCAAUGCCGGAAAGUGUGCCAACAGCCUGGGCAACUCGUUCUUUCAGAAGCGCCUCACGCGCCAGAGGAAACUCAGGCACGUCAGCGACGAUGAUCUCGGUUUGCAGUUGAACGACAACUGCCGUUCCAAUUCGCCUUCUCCUGAUUCCGCGCGGAAGUCGCGCUCCCCGGACGGCUCGGAGCACUGGUCUUAUAGGGCCAGCCCCAAGCCUUUGCCGCUGCCUGGAUUGGUUGUAGAUCGUAAACCCAAGUUGUCAAGUCCACCAUAUCUCGGAUCACUUGAUGAAGGAUCCUCUGCUAUCAGAAGCAGGAGAAACAACAGUCGUGCCGCUAAAAGACCGGCUAAAUCUCCGACCAUAUUUCAAAGGGUAUUUUCUCAGGACCAUGUGGGGAAUGGCCAACGGUUGAGCUUUCCUGGCCGGAGCGCUCAAACAAAUGGUUUCUUAAGUCCUCCGGUUAGCCCUCGGAGAUCCAACACCAUAGAUUUCUUUCCUUCUCACGAUGUCACGGAUUCGACCAAAUCUUUAUUCACUCGUCGCCGGGGAUUAUCUCAUGACUUGCAUGUUGAGAGCUAUAACUACAAUUUGAAGUUGGAUGUUCCUGCCAGGAGUGCCCCAACAAGUGUUUUCUCAAGUCCUGCUGUUAGCCCAAAAUCAAAUGCGGCUGAUGUUUUUGAUUCUCCCUUUUCAGGACAUCAUGACCUAUUUCAUGGUUUGAGAGCUAAUUUAGGUCUCUCGGAAACAGAAAGGCCUGAUGCUCGUAGUUUACCAGUGUCCCCAAAAAGAAAUGCAAAUACUCCUGAACGUUCUCCACAGCAUAGCCCUAAUCGUCCAAGUCCCCCCUCGAAUGCCAGAAGUCCAAAUAGAUUUCCAUUUCCUCCACCUGCUUAUGCUUAUCCAUUGCCCCUUCCACCAGGAGCCUUGCAACCUUCACAACCACCAACACCCCCAAUCCCACAUGACAACAUUACAGAAAAACUUGUGGCUUCAACAUCAAUGAAAGGCCAAUGGCAGAAAGGAAGGCUUAUUGGACGGGGUACAUAUGGAAGUGUUUAUUAUGCAACCAACAGGACCACUGGAGCUUCAUGUGCAAUGAAAGAAGUUGAUAUUAUUCCUGAUGAUCCUAAAUCUCUUGAAUGUAUAAAGCAAUUGGAGCAGGAAAUUAAAGUUCUACAACAUUUAGAGCAUCCAAAUAUUGUGAAGUAUUAUGGCAGUGAAAUUGUUGAUGACCACUUUUACAUCUAUUUGGAGCUUGUCCACCCUGGCUCCCUUAACAAAUAUGUUCGGGAACAUUGUGGAGCUAUUACAGAGUCCAUAGUUCGCAAUUUCACCCGCCAUAUUCUAUCUGGGUUGCAAUACUUGCACAGUAAAAAGACCAUUCACAGGGAUAUCAAAGGUGCAAACUUGCUAGUUAAUGCAUCUGGUGUUGUUAAACUUGCUGAUUUUGGUAUGGCAAAACAUCUUACAGGACUAUCAUAUGAGCUGUCUUUGAAGGGCAGUCCAUACUGGAUGGCUCCAGAGGUCAUAAAGGCAGUCAUGCAGAAAGAUGCCAACCCUGAUCUUGCUCUGGCUGUUGACAUAUGGAGCCUGGGUUGUACCAUCAUUGAGAUGCUUACUAGUAAACCUCCUUGGGCUGAGCUUGAAGGGCCUUCAGCUAUGUUCAAGGUUCUGAAUAGAACCCCAUCAAUACCAGAAACAUUGUCUCCAGAGGGGAAGGAUUUCCUCCAAUUUUGCUUUAGAAGAAAUCCUGCAGAACGGCCAUCAGCGGCUAUGCUACUUGAGCAUCCUUUUGUUCGGAAUUCUGCCGAUCAGAAAGUAUCAGCUCUUGCUCAAGCAUUUUUGAGUACGAACCAAAUAGAUAAAUCACAUAGUCCGAGAAACUGCAACACACAGAAAUCUGAUUUGAGGUCUUCCUCAAGCACACAGGUUACAAAUGGGAAGUUGCCAUGUCAUAGUGAGACUCCACAAGUAUGUCAUGCUGAAUCCCCAAAUGGUGCUCCAGCUUCUCAUUACCCUCGGUGCUCUAGUUCUACUCUCGGAGCUCCCACUGGUCCGUUUGCAAAAAAACUGAUCCACAGUUCACACAGCUUCAACCCUUCUUCACUUGCUUCCAGCAAAAUGCCUCUUGGCUUUUGAGGACUCGAGGAAAGCAAGUGCAGCAUGUCUGAGUCUGAACCACAACUUUGGUUUACGUGAAUCUCAUUUUAGGACUCCAUGACUAGUGUAAAUACAGGUUUCCUAGAUAGAAAUUUAGUUUAUGUACCAAUAGAAUGUUUAUUUAUAGUGUUAACAUAUAGAAAAUUAUUUUUGUUUUUUGUUUUUUUUCACUAAAUCUCUCUGUAUCGGAAAUCACAUUGAAUUCGGAUUAAUUCAGAAUCAAGUUAGAUCGAACUU